AUGGCACUUUCAUUCAUGGACCGAUUUUCCUCAGAUAUACACACUCUCCUUGAUCAUAGCAAAUUGAAUAACGUCUUAAUCACAGUGGGUUCGAAGAAAAACACUAAAGAGUUUCAAGCACAUUCUCUCAUACUACGAGCAAGAUCUUUGUAUUUUAAAGCAGCAUUAUCAAGGAAAUGGGUUAAAUCAAGGAACGGAAUCAUCUUGCUCAAUGAAUCGAACAUGGAUCCAGACAUAUUCGAAAUUUUAUUGAGAUACUUUUACAGUGGGAAACUAGAUAUAACUCAUAUUCCUCCGCAAACAAUACUUUCUCUACUCGAAGCGGCAGAUACAUUACGCGUAGACGAACUCAUCAUUCCGAUCCAAACAUUCGUUCUUUCUACUUAUUCUCCCUGGCUUAGACGACAUCUGGCACUAGUUCAUCGCAUCGCAUUCAAACACCCACCAUUCAAGUUACUCCAAGACUUUUUCAAUCAAAUUAUCAAAUCACAGCCGGAACUAGUGUUUGAAAGCGAAGACUUUGUUGAUGUAGAAGAAACGUUACUAAUAACGUUGUUAGCGCAAGAUGAAUUGAGAAUGCAUGAGUGUGAUGUAUGGAAUUAUACAAUAAGAUGGGGACUUGCAAAUACAAAAGGCAUAAAAGGAAAUGUAGAUUGCUGGUCUCAGUCCGACAUCGACUCGCUCAAGUCAACCCUCAAACAUUGUUUACACCUGAUACGCUACUUCAACAUCUCUGCGGACAAUUUCAAAACGCUUGUGAAACCAUAUCGCCAUAUAGUUCCGUCUGAGAUAUACGACAAAGUAACGUUAUCGCCUGCGCUACCUGACAACGAGGUUGUAUAUUCCGGUCUAUGUCCACGAAGGGGUCCCAUCGAGUCGACUUUGAUUAACACUAGACAAGCAGCCGUGAUUGCUUCCUGGAUAGAUCAAGGAUUGACCACAACCGAAUACGGAUGGACUCCAUACGCAGCUGAAAAUAAUCCGUUCGAGUUUCACUUGCUAAUCAGAGGUUCCCGCGAUGGUUUUACUUCCAGGAAAUUUCAUGAUUAUUGUAGUAUGCAAGGCGCGACGGUAACGGUUAUUAAAGUACGCGACACAGAAGAGAUUAUUGGCGGAUAUACGCCUCAUGAUUGGUAUGCACCUAGACAGGCCCUCGUCAAAUGGAAACGAGCAAGGAGGAGUUUUAUAUUUUCGUUUGGUAGCUCGAUUGAAGAUAAACCUGUCGUAUCUAGGGUAAAGCACUACGGCUGCGCUACUGCUAAUUCGUCGGUACGGGGACCAUGGUUUGGGGAGGCUGAUUUGGGACUGAAAGGACAUUUUAAAGAAGAGAAGUUAUGUGUUUGUAAACGAGUGAGUUACGAUAAGGAUAUUAGACAGAGCGCAGAGAAUUUCUCGGUUGAAGAGUAUGAAGUAUUCAAGAUCGUCAAAAAGACGUCUAACGAAAAGUGGAAUGCGAAGAGAGAUGAGAAGCCUGCAAACGACUGUAUAGCCGAGAACAUAGAGCUGGAUGUGAAAGAAGUUAAUAUAAUCAGUGAUGCAGUAAGCGUUGGCAGCAAUACUAGCGAGACGGUUGAUUACGUAGACGAUAAUGACGGAAAUGGAGUCGGAAUCAAAAGUGAAGAGGUUGAGAAAGAGAGCGAGCGAGUUGUACAAGAGGGGAAUAAGAGCAGAUGUAUAAGUAUUAAGAGAACUGUUAAGAAAUAG